AUCGCGCUAUUAGUGCUCUAUAUACCCAGAAUUAGGAACGAGGUCUUUGGAUAUACUAAUUUGUGGAAUAUAUAUAUAAUUAGGGCAGAUUCUAUAUACCAAAAUCAUGUCUCGGGAAAGCCCUUCUUCCUUUACCGGUAUCCAAAGCAAGGGGCCGAAUAG